CCCAUUAGUUACCGAUUAACAUUAACGUAUAAUAAGCAUAAUAAAAAUAAAAAUUAAAUAUAUCCGUUGUCGAUGUUGAAAUUGUCGUCACACUUGUGCAUUUACAGAACUCGUAUUCUUUUCAGUUGCGUUGACGAUUUCUCAGCUGUCCCAUUUAACGGUUUAGUUUUUCAACAUUAUAGAAAACUGACAAUGGCGCCUAAGAAGUCUAAACGUAGCGCUUCUGAUGAUUCUUCCUCCGACUCCGGACCAGAUGACAGAAAUCCCCCUCCAAAAAAGUCUAAACCUACUGAUAAAGGAAGUUCCAAUAAAACCAACUCAAAUGAAGAAGAGCAUUCUUUUGCAUUGGAUAAGAAUCGUUUUGUUAAAGUUAGAGAUUUCCGUGGUAAACUUUUCAUCGACAUCCGUGAAUUCUAUGAAAAGGAUGGACAAAUGCUUCCUGGAAAAAAAGGCAUAUCUUUGAAUGUUAGCCAAUGGAACAAACUCAAAGAGCAAAUUGACGAUAUUCAGGAAUCUGUUGAAAAAAUGGGAUAAUUUAAGUUCCUUACGUGUCAGACUUGUUAUAUAUUUAUUUAUUUAUAAUUAGUUUGUUUUAAUGUAUUAUUUCAUACUUAAGCGUUAAGUUAUAUUAUAAGCUGAACUAUAAUUUUGUAUUUCAUACUCCUAAAGUAUCUUAAUUUACCAAAAAUAAUAUAAAUUUAAAAUUUCAUUGAUAUAA